CCGUUCCUUUCUUCUUUUAAAAAACACAAACCCGACGGCGCCCCCCGGGGCCGCCCCCUCUCCUCCAUCCGGGGCUUGGAGGGAGAGGAUGGAGGUGGUGGGAGACUUCGAGUACAGCAAGAAGGACCUCAUAGGACACGGAGCCUUCGCCGUGGUCUUCAAAGGCCGGCAUCGCAAGAAAACGGAUUGGGAAGUUGCUAUAAAAAGCAUUAAUAAGAAAAACCUAUCAAAAUCACAAAUACUGCUUGGAAAGGAAAUUAAGAUCUUAAAGGAACUUCAGCAUGAAAACAUUGUGGCCCUUUAUGACGUCCAGGAAUUGCCCAACUCUGUCUUCUUGGUGAUGGAGUAUUGCAAUGGAGGAGAUUUGGCAGAUUACUUACAAGCUAAAGGGACUCUUAGUGAAGACACCAUUCGAGUGUUCCUGCAGCAGAUUGCAGCUGCCAUGCGAAUUCUGCACGGCAAAGGAAUAAUCCAUAGAGAUCUUAAACCACAGAACAUCUUGUUGUCUUAUGCAAGUCGUAGGAAGUCGACCAUCAGUGGCAUUCGUGUAAAAAUAGCGGACUUUGGUUUUGCCCGUUACCUUCAUAGUAACAUGAUGGCAGCCACCCUCUGUGGAUCACCUAUGUAUAUGGCUCCUGAAGUUAUUAUGUCUCAACAUUAUGAUGCUAAGGCAGAUCUAUGGAGCAUAGGGACUGUGAUAUACCAGUGCCUGGUUGGAAAACCACCUUUUCAGGCCAAUAGUCCACAAGAUUUAAGAAUGUUCUAUGAAAAGAACAGGAGUUUGAUUCCUAGUAUCCCCAGAGAAACAUCACCUUAUCUGACUGACCUUCUGUUGAAUUUGCUUCAGCGAAACCAAAAAGAUAGAAUGGACUUUGAAGCAUUUUUCUGUCACCCUUUUUUUGAACAAGUUCCCGUCAAAAAAUCCUGCCCAGUUCCAGUCCCUAUUUAUGCUGGUUCAGUUUCUGGAAGCUCUUGUGGCUCUCCAUCUUGUCGCUUUGCCUCUCCACCAUCCCUACCAGAUAUGCAGCAUAUUCAGGAAGACAACUUAUCUUCCCCGCCAUUGGGACCUCCAAAUUUUCUUCAAGUGUCCAAAGAUUCUGCCAGCACAAGUAGCAAGAACUCUUCUUGUGACACAGAUGACUUUGUCUUGGUCCCACAUAACAUCUCAUCAGAUCAUUCAUAUGAUAUGCCAAUGGGAACUGCUGGGAGACGGGCUUCAAGCGAGUUCUUGGUGUGUGGAGGGCAGUGCCAGCCGUCCCUUUCACCCCGCAGUGAAACGGCACCCAUUCCAGUUCCCACUCAGUUACGGAAUUACCAACGCAUAGAGCAAAACCUCACCUCCACCGGUAGCCCCGGAUCCAACCCACAUGGCUCUCCAAGGUCUGCUGUGGUGCGGAGAUCUAACACCAGCCCUAUGGGUUUUCUCAAGAUGGGCUCCUGUUCUCCAGUGCCCGCAGACACUGUACAGACCAUCGGUCGCCGACUGUCCACUGGAUCCUCCAGGCCAUACUCCCCUUCCCCCUUAGUUGGCACCAUUCCUGAGCAACUUGGCCAUUGUUGCUGCGGGCAGCCCCAGGGCCACGAGUCCAGGAGUAGAAACUCUUCAGGAUCACCAGUGCCACCAUCUCAGUCACCACAGUCGCUCUUGCUAGGUGCCAGGCUGCUCACAGACAUCUACCAGAACAAGCAGAAGCUCCGAAAACAGCAUUCCGACCCUGUGUGCCCAUCCUACGCAGGGUAUGGAUACAGCCACACGCCACAGCCCAGCCGGCCGGUCAGCCUCGGCACCUCCCCCACCAAGCACACGGGCUCAUCCCCUAGAAGCUCAGACUGGCUCUUUAAAACCCCGUUACCCACAAUCAUUGGCUCUCCCACUAAGGCUACAGCACCUUUCAAAAUCCCUAAAACCCAAGGAACCUCCAACUUGCUGGCCUUGGUCACUCGGCAGGGACCCACAGACGCGCCCUUGCCCUCCAAAGGUGGGGCCGACCCAAGGGAGUUCUCGAAUUUUCUCACAGUCCAAGGAAGCGAAAGACCUGCAGCAGAGCAACAGAGUAAGACCACCUUUGGCAGAUCUGUAAGUACUGGAAGGCUGUCAGAUCAACAAAUGAAAACACCCCUGGGUGGACAGUUGUACCAAGGCAGCACAGAGAGUCUGAAUGCCGAACGGCCAAUGGAUAUAGCGCCUGCAGGACCCUGUGGAGUAAUUUUAGCCCAACCUGCUGCAACAGGAGCGAGUUCUAGGGCUGUAAUGUUUACUGUAGGAUCCCCUCCAAGUAGCGCUACACCUCCCACCUGUACUCAUAUGGUCCUUCGAACCAGAACAACUUCAGUUGGAUCCAACAGUUCUGGAGGGUCUCUGUGCUCAACUAGUGGCCGGGUGUUUAUGGGGUCCCCUCCUGGUCUUUACAUGGGAUCGUCUCCACCUGGGGCAGAAGCUGCUCCAAGCUUGAAAUACACACCUUAUGGUAAUUCACCUCCCAGCCUAGAGGGGUUCAUCACUUUUGAAGCUCCUGAGCUGCCCGAAGAAACCUUAAUGGAGAGAGAACACACUGACACGCUGCGACACCUCAAUAUGAUGCUGACAUUCACCGAGUGCGUAUUGGACCUGACAGCGAUCCGGGGAGGAAAUCCAGAGCUGUGCACUUCCGCGGUGUCUCUCUACCAGAUUCAGGAGAGUGUAGUUGUGGAUCAGAUAAGCCAGCUCAGCAAAGACUGGGGGCAAGUAGAGCAGCUGGUGCUGUACAUGAAAGCGGCCCAGCUGCUGGCUUCAUCUCUACAUCUUGCUAAAGCCCAGAUCAAGUCAGGGAAAUUAAACCCAUCCACUGCUGUGAAACAAGUUGUCAAAAACUUGAACGAGCGAUAUAAAUUCUGCAUCGCCAUGUGCAAGAAGCUGACGGAAAAGCUGAAUCAUUUCUUCUCCGACAAACAAAGAUUCAUCGAUGAGAUUAACAGUGUGACGGCAGAGAAGCUCAUCUACAACUGUGCUGUGGAGAUGGUUCAGUCAGCAGCCCUGGAUGAGAUGUUUCAGCAGACAGAAGACAUCGUGUACCGAUACCACAAGGCAGCCCUCCUUUUGGAAGGCCUGGCUAAGAUCCUCCAAGACCCUGGGGAUAUUGAAAAUGUACACAAAUAUAAAUCUAGUAUUGAAAGGCGAUUGUCUGCACUCUGCUAUAGCACAGUGACCGUUUAUGAACAAUAACCAUAUUAAUGGACCAGGUGGUGACAUUGUACAGGGACCACUGUUCAGUGAUAUGGCACUUUUGGGCUAUAGCUCAGAUGUUGUUGGCUUCUCCCCAUGAGCAACGGUUUUCAAGUGGGUGACUACCAAAGAAGCAAGCAGUGAAGUCAAAGAGGAAAAAUUCCAAAUCCCCCAACAACACAUGUAGGAAAUCUGCCUUAUUGAGAAGCCACUCCUCCCCUUUCCACACAGGAACAGAAUUGAAAGGAAUCCACCUUUGUUUCUGUUUGAACUUCAUUAAUGUGCUUCCCGUUGACUAGAACAAUCGUAAAAUUCUUCUUCUAGAGGGAAAUUAAGACUGGGACUUGGGUCCUGGUUCCCGAGGUUCCCCGGUGGGGUAUGCAGUCCCAACUGGAGGAGAGCAGAGAUGCUUCCAGCGUUGCCAGGAUCAAAUUACCUGAAAAUCCCUGACGGAUAGAAGUGGAAAAACUCCAGGCUCUUCCUGUUCAUUGUUUGGACCGAAAGCUGUCUGGAUCUGAACAUGCAUCUCGCCAAAGGCAGCUUAGCGACCUGUCGGGGAAGAAAGGGGAAAAGACGACUAUUAAAGAGGAGGAGGAGAGGCAGCUCUUGGAAGAAAUUGGGCUCCACGUGUUUGAAAUCCCCAGUUUGAGAGGAUGUGGAUACAAUUCGAUCUUCUUCCGAAACGUUUCGUAUUGCACUAAUUUGCUAAAAGCAACUGUAUAUUGGAUUUUACAGAACUCUUUGUUUCAAACCAGAUAAGGCACAACAGACUUCUAUAAAAGGUUUCAUUUCAUUGUAUAUAAAUCCUUUUCAAAAUUUCAAAUGUAGCUUCUAGAAGACUUUUAAACCAAAUGUAAAAACCUGUAUUCAUGUGAUCCUUCCCCUCUCCUACCCUGACCUUUUAUUUUAAAACUUAUUUGUCUAACACGUACUUGAGUAACUACCGCUACAGAUCUUCCCUAUACUGAAAGUAUUUUCAGUGGCCGGUUGUUUGCUUUUCCUUUCAGGUUUGGUUGCAACUCUUGUUGUGCAUGCAGGAUAUGCUUUAAUGCCUGUGAUCUCUCUGUGGUAUUCUUUAAAGCUCUCUGAAUACAGCUCCUUGAGCAGUAUUAGAAUAAAUACUGUAGUCUGGAAGGAUCUCUCAAAACCUCUGAGGGCAAAGCAACGGUUGGGAAUCUAGAUGCUUGUUUAGUGAUGUGGAGUGUCUAAGGUUAGUUUAAAAAAAAAAUCAGGUUUGUUGGUGUUGAAGUGGGACGUUUUCCCACAACUAGACGGGCACCUGUCAUUUCAAGCAAAGUCCCUUCGGUUCACCAAAUAGCAAGUCGUGGAGAGGAUAGACUGACAUCAUACAACUCCUCUGGAAAUGGUUCCAAUAUUUAAUUUUGUUUUUCUUAACUGCUUGAAUACUUGAAUAAACCAUUCUCCGGAGCAAAAUCAUUUUAAUCCUUUUAGAUAACGUGGUCUGAACUAUUUGACAAAGUUGUACAGCAGUCCUCUGGCCUUGAUAUCGUUUAAGCGUACUGAUAAAACCAUGGGUUUUCCUUUAUUUUGACAAAGUAAUGUAAUUUUUACCUUAUUUAUCUGUAUGAGAUUCCAACAGUUAAUUUGAAAGUUUAUUUAUAUAAUGUUUGUAUUUCUAGGUCUUUAAUACAGUGUUUCUACCUCUCAUUUGUAACUGCAUGCAUUAUUCUUGAAACUAGGUAAUAACUCACUGAACUGUCGCGUCAUUGCCUUUUUAUUAUGGCCUGUAUAAAUGUAUAGGACGGUAAAAUAAAACUGACAAGAAAGUG